AUGAACACCCUCUUCAACACCGCACUUAAGCAGUCCACAUCCCUCAAACGCGAUCUGUCUUCUCCAACAUCAGGUCAACCUUUAUCCCCUUCCUUCCUCGGCCAAAUAUCAGCAUCCCUGACUUCCUUCUCACGAACUCUCGACUCCUACGCCGAACUCAUCAAAUCCGAGCUCAACCCUUCGAAAAAGGAGAAAGCAGAAGAGCGUCUCAAAUCCUUUCGAGCGGAACUCCAAUCUUUCAGAGAGGAAUUCAAAGAGUUGAAGCUGCAGAAUGAGGACGUGCAGAGUAGCGUCAACAGGCAGGAAUUACUGGGACGUAGGCCACAUCAUACUGCCACGCCAGACAACCCAUACUCCAAUGCCUCUGUCGCAGCGAAUGCAAAUGUCGGCUCUCCAUGGGCGCCUAAAGAAGGUGGACAAUCGAGCCUGAGUAUGCAGUCCGGAGACCAGGCAAGGGAGAACCAUGCUUUAAGAGAACAGAACUUCUUCGCAACCACACAUACGGCAUUGGAUGAGUAUCUGGCUCGAGGUCAAGCAGUCUUGGGUGAUUUAGGCCAGCAGAGAGAGAUUUUGAAGGGAACUCAGAAGAGACUCUAUAGUGUGGCGAACACAUUGGGGGUGAGCGGAGACACGAUACGUAUGAUUGAGAGGAGGGCGAAGCAGGACAAGUGGAUAUUCUGGGCGGGUGUGGUAAUCUUCUUCGGCUUCUGUUGGUUAGUGCUACACUACCUGCGAUGA